UGGCGACCGCGCCCAGGUUGUAUUCAAUUCCCUGCCUGUUUCUAUAUUUACUGUCACUCUAGCGAGGACUGUCCUACGCAUUGCUGGGGUGAUUGGAGUGAAGGGUGGGAAUGCUGAGUGCUCGAAUCAGAGAUGAUUCGAAAGAUAAAAAACAAAUCUUUGAGGGCUUGACAGGGUAGAAACGGUUGACGUUUCUCUUUAUGGGUUAUCUAGAGCCAGGGGUUAUGGUCUCAAAGUAAAGGCCAUUUGGGACCACUGAGUGCUUCAACUGUGGGUUUUAAUCUUUGGAAUUCUCUACCCAACAGGUCUCUUGAGUUUCAAGAUAGAAACCGAUGGAUAUUUGUGAUUUAAGGGAAUCGAGGGGUGUAGAGUUAGCUUAUCUUUUACCUUCUAUAUCACUGACUGAUGGAGCAGGCAGAGAAGCUGAAUGAUCUGUUCCUACUUCUGUUUAUUAUACUGUUCUAUACUGUACACAUUGGUGGGAGCCAUCAUCCAUGAGAAAGCAAUUCUGCAUGUACUUGGCUCAACUUUUGUCUCUGAAAGGCAGCUAGGAUGCUAAUGAAGGUGGCCUUGCCGGUGACAUUUACAUCUGGAAAUUUAUUAAUGAGAAAGAAAACAUUGGUUUAAAUUUCAAAGUACAUUUCUGUCACCACAUAAAACCCUGAGAUUCAUUUUCUUGUGGGCACUCACAGUAAAUACAAGAAACACAAUAGAAUCAAUGAAAGGCCACAUCCAACAGGAUGGACAAACAACCAGUGUGCAAUAGACAACAAAUUGUACAAAUACAAAAAGAAAUAAUGUAAAUUAAUAAUAAUAAACAAAUAAGCAAUAAAUAUCGAGAACAUGAGAUGAAGUGUCCUUGGAAGUGAGUCCAUAGGUUGUGGGAACAGUUCAGUGAUUGGAUAGAGAUGUUAUCCCCUCUGGUUCAAGAGCUUGAAGAUUGAACGAUAAUAGCUGUUCUUAAACCUGGGGUGUGGGUACUGAGGCUGCUGAACCUUCUUCCUGAUGGCAACAGCAUGAACAGAACAAGCCCAGAUGGUGGGGAUCCCUGAUGAUGAAUGCUGCUUUCCCGUGACAAUGCACCGUGUAGAUGGGCUCAAUGGUGGAGAGAUGGUCUGGAAUGGAGCCAGUACUUUUGGUAGGCAUCUCUGUUUAAGGGCAUUGGUAUUUCCAUAAAGGGUAUAAUUUGACCAGUCAAUAUACUCCCCACCACACAUCUGUAGAAGUUUGUCAAAAUUUUAGGUGACAUGCCAAAUCUUGGAGCCUUCCAAGGGUGUAAAGAUGCUGCUGUGCUUUCUUUGUAAUGACAUUUAUGUACUGGAUCCAGGACAGAUCCUCUGAAUGAUAACAUUCUCUUACUCCUCCAAGAUCUGGUUAACCUUUGGAGGGAUAAGAAACAAUCCAAAGACCAGCUCAGAUUAGGUAAAGAUAAGCUUUUGGUGCAUUUAAUUUUUUUUAUUAAUUAGAGUCAAACUUGUGGGUCUUUUGUGAAGGGCUGUUCAACAAGUUAGUUCCUACAGUAGUGUGUGGCAGGUAAUUGCUGUGGUAAAUUAGGUUUGUUAUUGAAAGAGAGAUUUUGCAUUUAUGUAGUGUUUUUCAUAAACUUGGCAUGUGUCUGACACUGCAUUGCAAAUGAGGUACGACUGAUUUGUAGUUGCAUGCAAUGUCGAAAACAGAACCAGAUUUCCUUCACAAACAGAAAUGUUAUAAUGACCAGAAGACCUGUUUUAGUGAUAGUUGAGGAAGAGGAAUUGUCAACAAUAUUUGGUAGAUCUCCUUUGCCCUGUUCCUAAGUCAUCAGUACUGUACUAGAUUUUGGCAGUAGAAUCUCUGGAGUAGAUCUGAGCUUGCUACCCAGUGAAAUAAGAUUAUGUUGUUUUUUGAUUUGGACAUGGGGAGACUCAGAAAAAGGGUUUCUUUAACCAUUCUUUGUCACCUAUCUAGAAUUUCCAUAUCAUUACCUGCAGGAUAAUGACAUCUUUUACUGCCCAUACCUGCAGGAUAUUGACAUUCUUAAUUUUGUUACCUGCAGGGUAUUGACAUUUUUUCCUAGGUAUUUGGUGGUUUUGGAGCAUGGCAAAAUUUAAGAAUAAGGGGUAGGCCAUUUAGAACGGAGUUGAGGAAAAACCUUUUCACCCAGAGAGUGGUAGAUAUGUGGAAUGCUCUGCCCCAGAAGGCAGUGGAGGCCAAUUCUCUGGAUGCUUUCAAGAAAGAGCCAGCUAGAGCUCUUAAAGAUAGCGGAGUCAAGGGAUAUGGGGAGAGGGCAGGAACGGGGUACUGAUUGUGGAUGAUCAGCCAUGAUCACAUUGAAUGGCGGUGCUGGCUCGAAGGGCCGAGUGGCCUACUCCUGCACCUAUUGUCUAAUUUAUUCUUCCUAUUCUGUUGCUGUCUUACUGUUUCGCUGUUCAUGGUAGAGAAGCAGUUAGCGCAAUCGCUUUAUAACACCAGCCGCCAUUGAUCAGCGUUUAAUUGCUGCUCCUGUCUGUAAAGAGCUUGUACAUUCUCCCUGUGACCCUGCAUGGGGUUCCUCUAGGUGCUGUCAUUUCCUCCUAUGUUCCAGAGAUGUAUGGUUAGUGUUAGGGAGUUGUGGGCAGGCUGUGUUAAUGCUGGUAGCGUGGCCACACUUGCUGGCUGCCUCCUGCACAUCUUCAGAGUACGCUGGGCAUUGAAGCAAAGUGAUGCACUCCACUGCAUGUUUUGCUGUGCCCGUGACAAAUAAAGUUCAUCUUUAUCUUCAUUUUCUCUUUAACUAUACCAGAAAUUGUGAACACAACACUUGACCCAAUGGGGCCAAAAUAGAUAGGAAGCAGUUGAUUCUGUGGUGAGUUUUGCAUCAGCACAGAAAGUACUGAUACUACUCCAACACCCCAGGCCACGGGGGGUGGGGGGGGUGGGAGGACAGCAUUUCCUGCGCAUCUCAAUGUGGUUAGUUCAGUAUGUGCAGGGAGGUGAGUGACUGGCACUCAAAAACCUGCCUGAUUGAUAUAGGAACAGACACGAAGACCCAGAAACAGUCCUAUAUGUUCAGUAAUGUGCUGUAGCAGUCUGCAUGAAAAGGUGUACAGACAGAGUGUGUGCACACUUAGGAUGUAGUCAUUUACUGCAAAGUUUUCAUGUAGGAGUGGCAGCGUGAGCUUAGUGGUGACGCGUGUCACUCAGUGGCUGCUCUUACUCAUCCCCGAUUCCAUUUUAAAUGGUUUCCUCAAUUAUUUUGUCACUUCUUUUCUACUCUUUGUCAAGAAGGUAAGGGUCUUUAAAUCUCUGUCUUUCCUUGCUUUGACUCUUUAAUCCACAGGUCAUCGAAUUACAGGAAGGAUAUUAAUAAGGUUGAAAGAGCUCAGAGAAGAUUUACAAGGAUGUUACCGGGACUUGAGAAACUGAGUUACAGAGAAAGGUUGAAUAGGUUAGGACUUUAUUCCCUGGCAUGUAGGAGAAUGAGGGGUGAUUUGAUAGAGGUGUAUAAAAUUAUGAUGGACCUUGAUAGAGUGAAUGCAAGCAGGCUUUUUCCACUGAGGCUAGGGGAGGAAAAAAAGAGGACAUGGGUAGGGUGAAGGGGGAAAAGUUUAAAGGGAACAUUAUGGGGGGUUUCUUCACACAGAGAGUGGUGAGAGUGUGGAAUGAGCUGCCAGAUGAAGUGGUAAAUCCAGGCUCACUUUUAACAUUUAAGAAAAACUUGGACAGGUACAUGGAUGAGAGGUGUAUGGAGGGAUAUGGGCAGGUCAGUGGGACUAGACAGAAAAAUGGUUCGGCACAGCCAAGGAGGGCCAAAAGGCCUGUUUCUGAGCUGUAAUGUUCUAUGGUUCCAGGUAUGUAUUUCACAAUUUGGCUUUUAGAAGGUGUGUCACAGGAAAACAAAGAAAAAUCUAAUCCCCAUUUCAGCCCUCCCCUCCCCAGCCACAUAGGUAACUUCGAUGAAAUCUUAGUCAUUCCUUUUAAUGGGUAAAAUCUGCUGGUUAGUGCUCCUCGGGUUCUGUGGAUCGAGUGCAAAUCUUUUCUUGUUGAGAGUUGCAGGCAGAGAGGCAAUGGCCUGGAAGGUUGAGCACAACCCCUGCUAUUGUGCAACUCAACAGCCAGUUUCCAAAAGGCAGUUGUGGGCCUCUGUAUCCUGUGAUCUGAGCUAAUAUUUACCUAGGAGUGAAAAUCAGCAGAAGAGGUUGUCUGGUUGUCUGUUGCUCUUUCAGGUGCAUUUUUGAACUGUUUUGGGUGUUGACAGUGUAAUGACGGCUAACUUUAAAGGACAUAAAGCAUUAAAGGUGAAGAAGGAGGCCGGAGAGAAUGUCCCGACUCUCAGCGACCAGGAGUUGGUCUCCAUGACGGUGAGAGAACUGAACCAGCACCUGCGGGGCCUGAGUAAGGAGGAGGUUGUCCAGCUGAAGCAGCGGCGACGGACACUGAAGAACCGGGGUUAUGCAGCCAGCUGUCGGGUCAAGCGCGUGACACAGAAGGAAGAGCUGCAGCGACAGAGAACCGAUCUCCAGCAGGAGGUGGCCAAGCUGGCCCAGGAGAACGCCAACAUGAGAGUGGAACUUGAUGGCUUGCGCACCAAGUAUGAGGCCCUUCAGAAGUAUGCUCGCACUAUGGCCAAGACCCCUACCCUACCCCCCACCAGUGUCAUUACCAUUGUCAAAUCAUCUGACUCCUAGGCUCUUCUCGGACGAGGAGGUUGAAUUAAAGGGCCAGAGCAGGUAAAUGGAAUUAAGGUACAGAUGGCAGUCUUGAAAUAAUAGAAUGGACAAGGUCUAUCCUUGUUUUGAUCUAAGGCAAGGCUCUUCCAUGACAAUGCUUCUGGAGAUCACACACAGAAGCAUGAUGCUGUUGCUCAGCAAAAGCCUCCCUCUUAAUCCCGUUUACCCUCAAAAUCCUGGAGUUGCCAAUCAAUAACUGUCUUGUGCAGUGGUUAGUAAGUGCCUGCAUCACCAGGCCAGAAGUCUGACUAAGUAGCAUUGAUUUUGCAGCUGGCUUUCCUGAGUUCAGAGAGGAAAAUCUUCAUUUUGGAAUCAGUGUGGUAAGUCUGUAGAUGGAUUGGAUGGGCUCCCCCGUCACCCAUAGGUGCUUGGCUGGUUAUUGAACUUGGGUUGUUCACGUUGCCAUCUGAAGAGCUGAAACUCGGGAAGAAUCUCCGUUUGCAACAAAGAUCAGGACUACGAAUGCCGGUAACAGUGGUUUCCGUCUGGGGCUUUCACAAGCCAAAACGUUAGGAAUUCUGAGGAGAAAUUGUAUAGUAAUCAAAUAUUGUGUCUCUUAUAAGCUGUACAAAUUAUAUACUUUUAUUCAAUUUCUCAGUUUCCAUUAUAAACUUGUUCAAUGAUGAAAUCUGUGUAAAUAGCUUGUGGCCUAGAUGUCUCCAAGCUUAUGCUAAGUGAAAAUUGCAGACUGAGAGAGGCCAUUCUUGAAUCUAGGUCUUAUUCUGAGAGCCAGGUACAAGUUUAUUUGGAGUCAGUAUAAAUUGAGACACAAGAGGGCAGAUGCAACAAGCAAAAUGUUGGAGGAACUCAGCUGAUCAGAUACCAUCUGUAGAGGAAAGUGAACAGUCAGCUGUCUACAGAUGCUGCUUGACACAUCCAGUUCCUUCAGCAUUUUGUUUAUUGCUCAGAUAUACCCAAUCUUGUGUGAGGUAUAAUUGGUGUAAUAUGGCCUGAGAGGAAAUAAACCGAUAUUACAGCUUUCAAAACUUUUGUCAAUGUGGCCUUUUAGAAAAUAAAUUGAAUUUUACUGUCUUUAAUUAGUUUUUAAAAGGGAAAUAAUUAAAGUCCUUCUGUUUCUUGUGAUUCCUGAGAUACAAACAAUUUCUAAUCUUAGCAGGGUUGUGCAGAACUAAGGUGAAAAUUCAUUCAGUUCUGUGGUGUGAUUUGGGAGACGCAGGUGCUGCGUGGAUUCCAAAAUAGACAUUAUUGAUGAAAGAGACUACAAUCUGCUAAUGGUUCACACUGCAGGUAGAUUAUGAUCUCACCCAGCACACAGCGUUGAUCUGACUACAGAGUUGACAGUGCUUCAGCUAACCCCAUACCUUUGCUUGGUUGCUGGUUUAUUACUCUGGCCUCUGCUGCAACAUGAUUCAGCAUUUGCUACUUUUAAGCGUUCUUGUAGAUUGCCAAACUACUGACAGGCUAUCUAGAUUUCAGGACAUUGCAGAAACCAGGCUCUCCUCCUUAGCAUGCGCUUGCAAAGAGGGAUUCUCCAAGGGGCAUGAAGACAUUGUCUGUGUUACAAGAGGGACAUCCUGCCUCAAGCAACAAUGUCAGAGUGAAAAUGGUAGGCUCCUUCUUAAUGCAACAAUAGUUAUUGAUGUCCACCACAGCAGGAGGUCAUCCCUAGGCCAGCCAAUUCAAAGAUAGUUGUUGCAUCUCAUUCUCUUACCAAGUAAAGAGUCAUGCUUACAAGGACAGUUGGCUUCCCCUGAUUCAGGCUGCUAUCGCCUGUACUUGUAUCGAGCCAUUGUACCAGCUGGCAACACAAGCUAACGGGGCAGACUGAUUAGUCUGCUACAUUAGAGCCCCACUGUACUCUUCAGAAAGGGUGUUGAGAAUCCUGUUGAUCUGAUAUGUGCUGGGCAACAUCUCAUCUGUAUCUGUGGUAUCCUUUAACAACCUUCUUCACUAUCCUCAACUCUGAUCCGUUUUCAUGCCAUCUGCAAACUUGUUCAUUGGACUUCCUAUUCUUUCAUCAUAUCAGCAUACCCCUGCAAUUGGAGAGUUUGUUUUCUUAGAAGACUGGCUGUAUCAUGGUUUUCCAUAAUUCUAGUCCCUUCUGUCUCUCCCGUUGAAUCCUGUCUUCUCAGCAAAGAUGCAGAGAUGCAUUCACUGAGUAAUUCCAUCCGCCCCUGUAGGCGUGCUACAUACAUGUACAGGAUUUGCUGAUUUUUUUGAGGACUGUUGUUUUAAUUACCUAAAAUGUAUAUUACAUGGUUUGAUAAAUUAUUAUAUAAGUAUUGAUAGAAGAAAUUGCUUUAUUAGUUUACAGAGUAAAUCUCAUAAGUGGCUUCCUACUGUGAAUCAACAGCCUUGCCUCAUUGUUCUUGGUAAACUAGUACAACUUCUGUGUAUGUUUGUGUUAGACAAAUUUUUGUUGUGAUGUGUGAAUUCCAUAAGGAUGAAUUUCAAAUGUUCAAAGAUUCAAUUUAAUGUUAUGUUAAAUGUAUACAAUAUACAUCCUGAAAUGCUUUUUCUUUGCAAAACACCCACAAAAACAGAGAGGUCCCCCAAGGAAUGAAUGACAGAUAAAUGUGAGAACCCCAAAGGCCCACCCCCCAGUUCCCUUGCGCGUACACUGCAAAACAAAAGGUGCACCUGCUACCAGGGACAAGCAUGAGCAAAGCAAUAGCAAAGACACAGACUUGCAGUUACCCCAAAGACUAUCACAUUUUAUACAGUAUUCAACAAACCACAGGUUCUCUCUCUCCCUAAUAAGGGAGAAGGAAGUGUUCCCCAUUUUCACAGCGAGCAGGAGACAUAACAACAACCCACUUGUUUACGAUGUUAAAAAGUCUGUUUUGUUGCCUUUCACGAGCUCUGUGCCUGAAAAUCGUAAAGAUCUCGGGUCUUCGGGCCCACAGCGAUAGAUUUUCAGGCCUCCCCAACGACACACAAGUCUCCUGCUGAGACACCGACCCUCGAUCCGCUCGUCUCUAGAGCCCCAAGAUCUCAGACUUCCAAACACUAGGCUAUCUCCCAGGCCGACCCCUUGGUCUGCCGAACGUCAGUCGGUUCUGAAACCCUGAAAACGGGUCCCAUUCCUGCAAAGAACCGGUCAGCGUGUAGCUGCAGGUCAGGGUCUUCAAAAGAACCCCCGAAAGGGAAAAGUAGAGAUAUUAAAGAUGGAAAUAGAGCUGCUUCCGAAGAUGCAAGCAAAGGAGUUGCUGUUUAGCACGACUGCCAUAAUGCAGCAGUACACUGCGUAUAUUAGAACUAACGGGUCUCAGCAUGGAUCCUUACAGAACAUCACUGGUCACAGACCUGCAGUCAGAAAAACAUAUUCACCAAUGCCAUAUCUAUGACUAAGCCAAUUUUGGAUCCAUUUUACUAACUCACUGUGGAUCCCAUGAGCUUUAAUCUCUGGGAUUAUCUUGUUCAUAUGUUACUAGUGCCAAUACCAAAGUUGUAUACAAAUCCAACUAAAGUAUUUCCAACACUAAAAUUAAAAAAAAAUGUAAGGUCUUAAUAUAUUUGAAUCUUUGCAUUAAGAUCAAUUCUAACAAAUACAAAUAACCCAAAAACAAGAGAAUAUCUCACCCUGCUAAAAUGCUCCAACUUCCUCAUGAUCGAAGUGGGGAUCUGGGUCAUUUGUAUAGGAAAACUCAAACACCGAUUGUGUAUCUUGUAUACGGGAGACUGUUAUUCACAUUGAAGGUAAAUGUAACAACCUCUUAACUGAUCCCCUGAAGACCUUACUGGUAACUAUUAAGGUAUUUUAUUCAAGAUCUAUGUAUAAUUUAAUCAAGGUAUCAAAAGAAAUAUUAACAAUUUUUCCCUUUUGUGGAGGUUUCAAUCAGGCCUUUCCCAAACUAGAUGACCACUUGAGUUAGCAAGGAUCAAUAAACUCUAGAUCUAUCUUACUCAUACACCAUCUUGGAACAUUGCUAUAAAUAAAGAUCUUGUAUUUUGAAGUAA